CAAAUGGUACUUUUCAUGUGACGACCAACUUACAAAAAAAACAAGAAAGUACCUAAUUUAUUCUUUUGAAAUCUCAAUUUUAAAGGUCUUGAGAGCAUGGCUGUAAGCUACCUGACGAAUAUAUUUUAAGCACAGUGCCGAAUGAGUCAUGUUCAAAAACUAGUAUCAGCAACCAACCGUACAUUUCAGCCAUUUGUGUACCUAAAAUUCAAAACUCAUGAUUGAUAUUGACAAAGAAUAUUGCCAAUUUAUUUUACAAUAACCUCUUGAUCGGCUUCACAUCUUAUAAAAGGUCGCUGAUCCUCCAGUCAUUCACGAUUUGAGCGACUCAAAGCAUCACCAUUAUCAAGUCCCUCAUCUACCCCAUGGUCUUGGCUUUGUCUGGAAUGGCCUUGUUCUCCUUGGCUUCUCCAGCCGAACCCGAGGAUCCUUUGCCCGAGGACGUUCAGCAAUUCGUUCACACAGAGGUCAAACUUGUGGAAGGGGGGGAUGCUGAUCUAAAUGCUGACGAAAGUGAGGAUGAAGAGAACGCUCCAGCAGUCCAAGACAGGAUCUUCCCUCGACUUUGGUGUCGACUGAAGUGCGCUCCCAUUUGCAUCGCUCAACCUAACGCCACUUGCGUGUGCACUAAAACAUUCCUGGGGAUUUUUCCCAUCUUUUCAGAGUAUGGACAUCCCAUCUAAAGUCAAAUGCAUUCAGUCUUUUUAAUCAUGGUGUGGCGUUCAGCUUAGAAAUUACCGAUAUUUGAUCCAUGGAUAGAUGUUCCUAAAGACCUAUGACAGAUAUAAACGAUUUCGUGGAAAACUAAGAGUGCUUACUUUAUGAAUACUUCGUGAGAGUAUUUCUUUUUUUUUGCGGACUUCCUUACCGUUACCGGGAUUGGAAUCCCACCAGUUCAAGAGGAGAAGAUUAUUUAUUCUUUUUAUUUGACUUUUAUUUAUAUAUAUAUUAUUUGAUCGACCAACGAAUUGUAGUUGGCU